ACAAACGCGACCGUGAGAUGCAAUGCGCAAGAUCAUUUUACGCCAGCGACGAGCUUCGAGAACACAGAAUUGAGUGCGUCGGACACUUUGCUCGCACUUUUCCUUGCGGAAAAUGCCCAAUGACAAUAAGCGGCACGACAGAAGACACCAAAUGAAUCACGCACCUUUAUCACCGUGCUCGCUCGACAUCAGUGACGAUGAACUUGUCUCCAUAUCGGUCAGAGACCUCAACCGGCAGCUGAAGAUGCGCGGAUUGACCCGGGAGGAGAUCGUCCGGAUGAAGCAGCGCAGACGGACGCUCAAAAAUCGAGGCUACGCCGCCAGCUGUCGAAUAAAGAGGAUAGAGCAGAAGGAUGAGCUGGAAACUGAAAAAACUCAGGAGUACAGAGACCUCGAAGACAUGGCAGACGCAAAUGACAAGAUGCGCGAAGAAAUUGACUCCCUCCACAACAAGUACCUUGCCCUGAAGAAAUUCGCGGCAGAAAAGUGCAUACCUUUACCACCUGAGUUGGAAGCGUUUCCUUGAUGGUGUCUCCGCCAGCAACUCACCAUGUACCUUUGUUUUGCAAUCUUCUGAUUGAUUUGAUGCCUAGCCGCAGUGUAAUAUUUCCUGUACAGUGUGAUUACUCAAGAGCAGGUUAAGCGAAUGUCUUGUAAAUAAUUCAUCAGCCAUACUUAAUUAGUAGCAGGAUUUUUACUUGCAAGGCGAGGACUGUGCCAUAAUGUCAAGAGCACGUUAAUUUUCAGUUCAUUGCUGAACUGAAUUCAAGUUUUGUAGUUGAGGUUGCGGAUGAGUUUUUUGUUGUUGACGUCUUCUUAUUUUGAACAUGCUCAAUUUGUUCUUCCUGAAUAGAAUGCCAAAUGUGUGUGAACGGUUUAAUUGAAGCUUAGGCAACUUUGAUGAUAUGUGAUAAUGCACUACUUUAAUUUCUCAAACGAAAUAGCCGUUUGUUCCUUUUUAUUAUUACCGAGAUUCUGAGAAAGCAUAAUGAAGCAUUUCUUGAGACUUAAGGCUAAGCAAACACAAUAAAAUUGCAUAUAUAUUCUGUAGAAGUAGUUUUUAUUUUUGUACGAAUAAAAAAAUUGGUUUUUACGAAAUUGA